AAUCUGAAUGAAUCUUUCCGGUGAACGGGUUCAAAAUAAUCGAAUCACUGGAAUGAAUCAAAAUCGACAGCCACGCUCUGUGGUUUGUUUGUCUCGGCGUCUCUUUCUACAAGAGCUGAACUCUACAGCAUAUGUUAAUGUCGCGUUAACCGCGUUUAGAUUCUUGCAUCACUAAGGUAUACCUCUACUUAGACUCCACAAAUCUGCAACUAUCAGUGAAGUGACUGAAAGACGGGAAGAUAAGACACGUGAAAGCCACGGACACCAUUAAUAAAAGAAGACAACAAGCUCACCUUACCUUUUUUUUUAAAGAGAGUAAAACCACAAUCGUCACUUUAAAUGAGUUAAUCAUUUUACUUUACUAAAAAAAAAAAAAAAAGUAACGAAUGAACGAUGUUUUCUGCACGCGAGAAUCGGUGUCAUCGCUUUCAGGCCAACAUCUUUAAUAAAAGUAAAUGUCAAAACUGCUUCAAAACCGUGGAUUCGCACAAACUCGGCGAAGCAGAUCUGUUUCAGACUAAGCCUGUUCAGGUGGGCUGGCUCCUCCUGGCCCCAGAGGACCCUGACUUCAGCAGUCCUGGCCACAGGAAACGGAAAUGGCAGAGGAGAUAUUUUGUGCUUUACGAGAAUGGGCUUCUACGAUACUCUCUGGAUGAGAUGGCAGGUACAUUGCCCCACGGGAGUGUAAAUAUGACCAAGUGCUGUGAGGUUGUUGACGUUUCAUCUCAAACUGGCUUCCAGAACUGUCUGAGGCUGUGCUUCACUGACAGAGACUACUACAUCCGAACAGAGAGCGCAGACAGCUUCAGCAUCAGUAGGUGGCAGGAAAAUCUGAUUGUUUACCCCAAAGCUGCUAAAUCAAAUCAGAAGAAGAAGGGGAAGGAUCCAGCCCACCCACCGCAACAGACAACAGAAAACCAAGCCUCCAGCAGCAGCAGUGGUAGUGCUGCUAAGAAAAGUAGCACUUCUGGAAAUAGUUUCACCAGCAACGUUAAAAGACAAGCCAGCAUCAGUUCUAGUAAUAAUAGCGGUGGUAAAGUGUAUAUCAGUGACAAUGCUGGCACUAGUACUAGCAGUGCCACUAAAGGCAGUUGCAGAAGUGGCAGCAGUAGUACUAAAGGGGCCACCAAAAAUGACAGAAGAGGUAGCGUGGUGAGCACGUUGGAGGAGGUCUCGGUGCUUUCCUCAGAGAAGGAGCUGGAGGAGGAGUCACGCAGUGGUGGAGUCGGGGUUCCUUCCAGCAGUGGUAAUGCUUCAUCUCUCAAUACCAUGCUUGGGUCCUCUCUCUCUUCAUCGCUUAGUCAGUCCUCGGGCUGCUCCGACACAGAUGGUACUAAGAAUCGAUUGGGCACUGAAAGCGGCUAUUCCUCUCUGGAGAAGACAAGUCCUCGUGUUGUGGAUGCACAAGCACACACUGACUCCAGGAGAUCUCAGAAAGCUGAUCAACAGGAGGGUUCAUUUCUGAAUGCGGAGUUUCCCCCCUCAACCGUCACUUCCUCUUCAACUAAACAAAAUGAUCAUAAGACAACUGUCAGUACAUCUCAGGAUUCCUUCCCUAAAGAUAUUCCUGAUCACUUGCAACACUUCACUUCAUGUAGUCUCCGUUCCAAAUCCCUGGAGCGCAGACCGCUUGAUCCUACACCCACACCUGACCUCCUUAAUUUCAAAAAGGGAUGGAUGUCUAGAUUGGGAGAAGAUGGAAAGUGGCAGAAACACUGGUUUGUUCUUACUGACCAGACAUUGAGAUUCUAUCGUGACUCCGCAGCAGAAGAGGCAGCUGAUGUGGAUGGUGAGAUCAACUUGUCUACUUGUUACGAUGUUACAGAUUACCCUGCUCAGAGGAACUAUGGCUUUCAGAUUCAUACAAAAGAUGGAGUCUUCACCCUCUGUGCAAUGACUUAUGGGAUACGACGGAACUGGGUCCAGGCAGUAAUGAAAAACAUUCGUCCCACCGUUGCCCCUGAUGUAACAUGGAAAAGUCCUGCUAUAAAAUCGAGGUUUGAAUGUGUUUUCAUGACCAUGAGUGUAUGUUCAAUUCCUCAAAAGGUGCCAAUGACUUGUGCACAUGCUCGUACAAGCUGUACAGUUCCCCAGGAGGCAGAGCAAAGGAGUCGCAUCCGUGAGGGGCGUUACAAAACCUUUGAUUGGGCAGAAUUAAGUUGCAAACAGCACAAGGAGGAGUUGUCAAAUGAUCUGUCUGGAAGGCAGUGGAACCUUAACAAUGAGUGCUCUGUGCCUCCUGCAUCAUCCCCUGAAGAGCAGAUCAUACGUUCUGCUUCUGAGGCAUCAAAGAAUGAAUAUCUUCAGAAAAAUAGACUCUCACAGGGGCAAAGCUUGAAUAUUAUGUCCACUGUUAUGAAAUCGCACUUGUCACAUAUGGCAGUGUCCAGUAACAUCUCACCGGAAUCAGUUAGCCCAGGCAGCUUAGAGGUUGAUGCAGGGACAGUACGUGUCCACUUUGACAGCCCUGGUGAACUACUGGAAGCUAAACCCAAAACAGAAAAUCAGGUUGAUCGCUCCACAUCUCCAUUGCCAGUCGCCUUCUCUUCAUCCUCAGCGCAGACAGAAUGGCAGUGGGAUGUGGAGCUUCAGAGCCUGCGUAGAGAAUUGAAGGCUGAGCACGAGAGGAAUCAAACUCAAGAAAGGGAGUUAAGACUUAGUGAAGCCAGACUCCAAGCUGAGCUUAACGACAGCCAGGAAUGUCUUCAGAGGGCAGAGUUAAAGAUUCAAGAGGCAGAAGCUCUUCUGAAGGAGCGUGAGGAGGUGCUGGAGAAUCUGCGUGGACAGUUGGAGGAGGUAACAGGUCGUCUUAAAGACACCGAAGAGGCACAAGCCUUGAAAGAGGUCAGGCUACAGAGGCACCUGCACCUCCUGCAAGAGAGCCAGGAACGAGAAAGGAGGAGCUUCAGUGACAGCCUCGACCAAUCAGAACAACGAUCGAAGGAACUAGAGGAGCGACUGAUGCAGAAAGAGGCUGAGCUGCAAAAAAGGCCAACAGGGGACAUUACUGAUGAACUUCUGCGAAGGUGCCAGGAGUUACAAAACCAGCUGGAAGAGUCAGACAGUGAGGUCUGUCGUCUGCAGACACGCCUCCAAACCGUAGAGACUCUUUAUUAUGACAUGGAGCAUGAUUAUGAAAGAGCUUGUGAGGAGAUACAGAGUUUGCAAGGUGCUCUGCUGGACUGUGAGAGGGUAGGUGAGGAGCGCUUUCAAACCCAGCUGGUGCAGCAACAGCGAGAGUUAGACUGGAAGGAACGUGAACUCCAGGAAGUGCUUCUUAAGAUGGCCAUCCUGGGCAGUAGUCUAGAGGAGACUGAACAAAGACUCAAGGAAGCUCAAACCCAUCCUUCUGAAGGUAAUGUUCUUUGUGAGACAUUGAUGGAGCCACAACAAUGCAGACAGAAAGGGCAGAGUGAUUUUGAAAUGCAACCUACUACUCAGGGAGACGAGUCACAUAGAGUGAUCUCUGUGAUCCAGGCAUUAGAGCGCAAGUUAUGUGACACCGAAGAGCGACUCCGGGAGCUUACCAUGCAUCUUCAGCAACAACCCAACACUGGACUGCAUGCACGUCUUUCGGUGGAUUCUCGGCCGAGUUUUACUGGAGCUUUGCAUAGCCUGGAGGGAACAGCUUUAGACAGAACCUCAGAUAAAACUAAAGUCUCCAUUUAUGAUGAUGGAAAAACUGGAAGCUGGAGGUUGGUUGGCGAGAGUUCAGGGAGAAAUCAAGCUCUGGAGAUGGUCAGCAGAGUUUUGUCACUGGAGGCACUGAUUAUCCAAAAGAUUGCCUCUGCACUUGAGCAUCCCAGCUCAAAGUUGCUUAAUAGACUGUCAGAGGUAAAUGUCCACGUGCUUAGGAUGGCUCAAGGAGGCAGUCAUGAUGGGGCUGUGGAACCUAGAUACUCUCAAAUCUUCUUGGACCCUCUCGAACAAGAUCUGGUAGACAAUAUGCUGAGUGAAAGUGCAAUCCAUAGACUGUGUGUAAGAGCAGAGAUGACAUACCUCAUACAUACUCUCAGUACUUAUCCCUCGCAGGAGCCAAAGGGAUCUGAACUUUUUUAUGACUUGCCAUGGCCAGAGAGUUCCUCAUCUAGAACCAAAAUGGAAAACUGUUCAAAGCAGGGGUCCAGACUUGCUGACAUUAGCCCGCCAGAACUUGCACCUUACAGUGAGCAAACGGAGGAUGAACUAGUGACCGAUCUUCUCAUUGAGGGCUCUGAGGUACAGCUUGCUUGCAGAAAGAGUCUGGUGGUAGAGCUCCGUGCUCAGGCCCAGUCACUCCAGAACCUCUCAACACAGAUACAGUUUAAUGUUAGAGAGGUUGACUUUCCUGGUGAUCUACCCUCAGCCAUCGUAAGGGCUGCAGCGUGUCAGGCCACUUUAGCAUACAUGGCCUGUCGUCUCCGUUCGGCCCUGCAGCAGGAGAUGAGUGCCCUACGCAAGCAGAGAGAGCAGGCUAAGUGUGAGUGUCGUGCUGUGUGCCGUAGUAUGGAGGCUAUGUUCCAGGAACAGACAGAACAUUACGAAGAGAAGCUGCGUGAGGAGCGUCUUGUUGUCAAAAAGGCAGAACAGGAGCGUGUUUCAGCAGAGACCAAUGCUCAACUUGGGAGGGAAGAAGCAGAAAAAUUGCAGUUGGAGUUUGAGGAGAAGCUCCAGGAGCUCCAGAGGAUCCAUGAAGAGGAGAUGAGCCGUCUCCAUGAAUACUACAUUCAAAACUUGUCAAAGCCUAAAGCUGCAACCCCCUCAGAACGAGAGGGGAGUGAAGAGACUGAGCAGGUUUCUGUGACUGCUCUGCAAGACCGAAUCAGAGAGCUUGAGACUGAGAUGAGUCGUUUGAGGGAUCUUAGCAACCAGGAUGUCAAGGCCUUCCAGCUUGACCUGGAAACCAUCAAGGCCACGUAUGAGCAUGGUUUCAGCAUUAUGGAGGACAGCCACCAGCGAGUGAUUGAGGAGAUGCAGAGGCAGCAUCAGAGAGAGGUGGAGAGACUGACAGAGGAGAGAGAAAGAGUACUGCAGGAAGAGACAAAUGCCACCAUUGCAGCCAUUGAGGCUAUGAGGAAAGCUCACAAAGCGGAAAUGGACAAGACUCAGAAAGCACUGCAAAAUGGAGCCGGUGUGGACAUCCGUCAGCUUCAAGCACAAUACAAUGAGGAGCUAGAAACAGUGCACAGGGAGCUGGAAGUGUUGUCAGAGCAGUAUUCUCAGAAAUGCUUGGAAAAUACUAAUUUGACUCGGAGUAUAGAAACAGAAAGGGAAGCAUUGAGUACAACACAUAGAGAGAACCAGGAGCUUCGCAUUCACAACCAGGAAUUAAAUGAGUUUUUGGCUGCUGAAUUAUCCCUGAUGCAUUCACACAUGAAUGGGGAGGUGAAGCAUUCCCAGUCUUCUCAGGAGAAAGACAUGUAUCAGCUGGAGGUGAAUCUCAGAGUAAAGGAAUCAGAGAAUAAGUGUCUGAAACAGAAGAUCAACUCACUUAAAUUGGAGCUGCAGGCAGGAAAUACGUAUUUUAAAGAGCUAGACUCUGAGCUGGGUGCUUCAGAAAUCAAAACUAAAAGUGACUUCGCUAAACUGAGGAUGGUGCCAGCAGGACAGCAGGGUUUAAAAUAUGAUCUGACGAAAUCCAGGAGCAACCCGGACUUCCUGAAGGACCAUGCUACACUUCCGCAGCCUGACAGAUCCAAGAGUCUUAAAGAUGGACUCACUGUUCUGGAGAGGAUGAAGCUUUUUGAAUUAUCUAGCACACAAAAGAUUUAAACGUGUGUGUGUGUGUAUGUGUCUGUGUGAGAGUGGGAGAGAAAAAGAAGCAUUUUAAUGUCUUACCUGGGGUAAAUUAUUUAAUUGUAUAUCUUUAUAUCACAAUGAAUUCUAACUAUACCUUUAGUCACAGGUGUGUUUGUGUGUGUCAGUCAUUUUAAUUUUUGCUUCGUUACUACUUUAGACCGUAGAGUUAAUUUUUUAUAUGAGGUUGUCUCUCUAAAUCUUAAUUAAAACCAUCUUUGUUUUUAUUUACAUGUUUAUGCCUGAUUGAGCAUCAUUUGAUUUGCUUCAUCUCUAAUUAUGAAUAAAGUCAAGAUUUUCUACAUC